AUGGCCCUUUAUUGCACGGUGGCCGCCAUCGCUUCCCAAAGCACCCCAACGGCCAACAAGCGCUUCUCUACAGGCGGAACUCCCUAUUCCCCUCAAGAAUCCCCAGAGCUCUCGCCCCGUCUAAGACGCGCGUCGACACUCAAACUCCCCAUCAAAAUCUCCACCGACCCAUCCUUUUCCUCCAGGUCAUCGGCAGCAGCUCGGUCCCGCACACGGUCCCUAACUGCCAUCUCACCCGAGGAUAAUCCCAUCCGACAGCAGCAGCAGCAGCAGCAGCAGUUCCCUACUCCUCCUCCCGCCCUCUUAGAAUCUCCCCUUCUCUCCGGUACAGCUCCGGAGACUCCAUUUACAGACAACACGUCCUCCUCCAACCGGCCGACGGCACCGUCGUCUCGACCCGCUCCUCCCACCCCCACCCAACAACAACAACAACAGCUUCCCGCUCGUCAGGAAGCAGCCUCGACAGCUCGAGCCCCGUCAAGGCAAGCUACCUCCACCAUUCCCACCUCCACGCCCGAGAGGAAAUCGUCGGCUUCUUCCACCCGGCAGCAAGCCCCUUCUCGUGCCCCUUCUCGUCCGGUCUCUCCAGAGGUUCCUCGCGCUACGCCGUCGAGGAGUCGUGUCGAAGAGACUAAGCCAGCUAGUGCUAGGCAGAUUCAGGAUCAGCAGCAGCAGACGCAGCAGCCUCAGCAGCGCGUAGCUCCAGCUCCAACAAUGUCCUCUCCCGCCAAGAACCCUCAACUCGCCAUGGAUACCGCUCAGGCCUACACUCAGGGCAACACCCAGGCCGGCAACCGCGGCCCCAUUGCCAACCUUCCCCUCCCCAACCUCUCCGGCCAGGCCAACGGCGUCAUUGGUAAUCUCCUCAAGGGUCCCGUCGGGGCCGACGGAAAGCUCAAGGAUGCGGCGCUGAUGGUUGGUAUCAAGCUGGAUUUGGAGGCUGAAGUUCAUCUCACUGCGAGGGUUAGGGGUGACAUCCUCGUGGGGUUGUAUUAA